AUGUCCCACCGUACGGACGUCCUGGCGAUGCCGACCAGUUUGCGCCAAUCAAGAAAACUCAGACGACCUCGUCGUCGUGCGAGUGUAGCCAGUUUUGGGUCAGCAAGCAGCCACGAUGGGGGACAGACCCCAGUCAAGACGGAGACCUACCGCAGAGAGACAUGGAAGGGGGAGUUGGAAGACGCCUCUGCUGAAAGCAGCGAGAGACAAAACCUGUGUGAAAAUCCGUUCUCAAUGCUCUACCUUUCGCGAACGGACGAUCAGAGCUCUUUGUAUCACAGCUCGAAGGGAGAAUCAGGGCCGGCCGGAGCUAAUGAUUUCGCGAGCUGGUGGAUGGAACACCAAUGCGUGACAGACCAAGCUUACUACGAUGAACCCGCUACUCACACGUCCUCUCGUGCUUCAGUCACAGGCUGCUCGCAAACUCUGGAAGCCUACCCAGCCCUCCUCUCCUACGCGACGUUCGAACUGUUCACACAUGCUCGAAAGGCCGAUGAAGAAGACUCAAAUCCAAGCGACAUCAUUCAGCGCUUGCGCAGUGGUAUCUGGCGCCGCUGGAAAGCACUGCGGGAAGAUGUAGAUGAGUGGACCGAAAUUCUCUACUUCGCGGCCGACCUAGGCUUGUCCUCCUGGCUCAGGGCCAACGGCGGUUGGGAAAGAAAGGAAGCCGUUUUCGCCAUAGAACAGGCCAUCGGACACGAAAACAUCAAAGUCUUUGAAAAGAUUUUGGACGCUUUUCCCUCGGCGGCAUAUGCAUGGGAUACCAACAGCAGAAUUCUCCUUUCCCUAGCCCAUGUGCCGUAUGCUGCGCUGCUGCAAGUGUAUCUUUCGCGUCAUCCCUCACAAAACCGCGGCUCGAUGGACUCAAUCGUGGCAAUGAAAGACAUACUGCGAAGCAGAGAUCGAUUCGGCAUGACUGCUCUACACCUCGCAGUCAUCGAUCAGAACAAAGCCGGUGUUUCGGCGCUUCUCAAGCAUGGUGCCGCUGUCUCCGCGCUUGAUUCUUUGCUCAGGACACCGUUGCAUUUAGCUUGUAUGACCACGAGGUCGGCAGAUAGGUCUUCAGGCAACAAGCCGACCAGUGAUGACGAUAUCUUGGUGCCACGCAGCGAUAUCAUCGAAUUACUUCUCGAUCACCACGCUCAAAUUGAUGCUGUUGGUUUGGAACGUCGGACGCCAUUGACUGUGGCCUGUUCGAACAGCACUUUGCUUCCUCAGCAAGACACGGGCAAGGAUCUCAAAGGUACUGGUUCCGGCAGAGGAGAUGUCAAUGCUGUUGACGUGUUGCUCAAGCAUGGGGCGAAUGUCAUCAUAAGCACCAAUGGUCUACUCCCGCUCCAUAGAGCCUGUUGGACCAGUCUGGGUGGUCGACAGAGCAGGGUCUCUAUCGUCAGGAAGCUGUUAGACAAAGGCUCACCCGUCAACGCAAGAGGAAUCGGAGGCGGGACCCCCCUGCACGUGGCCUGCUUCUGUCCGGAUGUUCAAGUAGUCGAAGAACUCCUCCGCCAGGGCGCCGACCCCAUGUUGCGAGAUGACAAGGGCUGUAGUCCCCUCCAGAUCGCCGCCGCCUGGUCUACUGAACAGGUGGUCGAGACUCUGCUUUCACAUCCUGAUACCUCUGUGCACGUCAUAGACAACAAUUGGUCCACGCCUCUGCAUGUGGCGUGUAACCCUAACUCGUUUGCCAACCAGAACCAACUCACGAGACUCUCCAUAACACGGCGGCUGCUUGCGCAUGGUGCCAAAGCUUACACAUUCCGGAACCGUGAUGGGGAUUCGCCAGCUGAUGUCGCCCGGCAUUUUGGCUUCGAGGAGGCUCUCGAGCUGCUGGCGAGAGAAAGCUGUGACGCACCCCCUCAAGAAUCAUCAGAAUGCGGUGAACAACGUGAUUGCUGA